UUACGUUUCCAAGGAGAGCGGAUCUCCGCACGGAGAGAGGUCGCAAGCCGACUAACUGGCGGAGCCAACUCGCAUCGCCUCCGCCCGGCCUCGUAGGGAGCCAGCCUCGCUGCGGCUCCCGCUUGCUUUAUUUUGCUUGUCUUUCCAUUUUCAUCUCGCUUGUCUUAAAACCCCCUUGGAGUUUCUUCGCGAUUUGCCGCCAUGGAGAUAGCGCAGCCCAGAGACCAGGAGCAGUACUUAAGGCUGGCCAAGAGGAGCCAUGCGGAGCUGUGCAGGCAGAAACGGAUCUUCAACGCCAGGAACAGGAUCCUCGGGGGAGACACAGAAGCCUGGGAUCUUCAGGUUCGUGACCGGAAGAUAAAAGAAGCAACUGACAAAGCUAGACACGAAACGUUUGCUGCCGAAAUGAGACAAAAUGACAAAAUCACAUGCAUAUUAGAAGAUCGAGAAAGGAGAGAUAAGAAAAGCCUCUGUAAAGCCCUCAAUGAUUUCCAGCAGACCUUCCAGAAGCCGGAAACUCGCCGUGAAUUUGACCUGUCUGACCCCCUGGCCCUUAGGAAAGCUCUCCCAGCGAGGCAGUCAGAUAACGAGAUUCGGAACACAGUGUCGGGAAUGCAGAGAUUCCUGGGAGAGGAUUUAAACUUCCGUGAGAGGAAGAAAUUCCAGGAGGAGCAAAACCGAGAAUGGUCCUUCCAGCAGCAGAGGGAGCAGGAGGGCGCCCGGGCCGCCCAGAGAUGUGCAGAGGACCUCUACUCCAAGACAAGGCUGCAGUUUGAUGAAAGGGCCAAGCAUUUACAGAGUCUGGAAAGCGCCACCAGAAAGGCGGUUUGUGUAGCUGUGAAAGAAUUCAACAAGAACCAGGCCACCGAGUCCGUGGAAAGGAAAUCUCAAGAGAAAAAACAAGAACAAGAAGACAACCUGGCCGAGAUCUCCAACCUGCUGCGUGGGGACCUGCUCUCGGAGAACCCGCAGCAGGCGGCCAGCUCCUUCGGGCCUCACCGCGUGGUGCCCGGCUGCUGGAAGGGCAUGAGCCAAGAGCAGCUGGCGCACGUCCGUCUGGUUCAGAAGCAGCAAAUCCAGGAGAAGCUGCGGCUUCAGGAAGAAGAGCGGCAGCGAGACAUGGACUGGGACCGGCAGAGGGUGCAGGGGGCUCGCUCCGCCCUGCUCAUGGAGCGCCAGCGCCAGCGCCAGCAGCGGGACCUGCGCCGGGCCCUGGACUGCACCAACCUCAGCCUGGCCCAGGAGCAGCGCUUGCAGAAAAAAUAUAUGGAGGAAGUCUUUACAAAUCAACCCACGGAAGACUAUUUCGCGCAAUUUAAUACAAGAAGUCGAUAGUGAAAAAGACACGGUCCUUGUUCUCUGAAUUGUUUGUGCAUAAAACGCAAUGGCCUUUUGAAGGGUUGCAUUUAUUAAAAAGAAAUAUACUCUGUGUUUCUGAA